UCCUCAGUUGUGGUGAUUGCAUUAGCAUUAGACCCGAUUUAGACUCUUCAACAUGUCCGCACUGCUCAGAGGACUCGUCCGAAUCCGCUCAGCUCCUGCUCUGCAGGGGACAGCCAUCACCCAGCGGGCUAACAUUACAAGUAAACCCGCAAAGGAUGCUGUAGGAGCAGCCGAGACAGUAUUCGGCCUUGCGUUGUUUGCAAUGGCCAUCCUGGCUCCAUCUGGUUGGGUCCUGUCUAACCUUGAGAGCUACAAAAAGAAGGAGGUCUGAACGGAAAAAAAAUCCACAAUCCUUUUCUCCCAAACCCGUAUCGGGACCACUGGAACCUCUGACCACCUCAUCAUGAGGCAGUUUACCUUCCGUCAUUCGCAUCAGUCUCCAAAGUCAACGAAUGUCUUCUACAAAACGACUUGUAAUAAUUGGUGAUCUUAUGGCUCUUCUUGUGGAUGCUACAUGCUUAAAAAUAAAAACCUUAUUUAAAUCUUAA